GGGACAUUAUGCCCGUGCGGUUUUCUUGCACCCGUUUGGAAUGACGCUUUCGUCUCCCUGGUGCCUAGGAUCCGUCGACAUGAAUCCCGUCGUCGUGGUCCACGGUGGCGGAGCCAGCAACAUCUCCGAGGACCGGAAGGAGCGAGUGCGCCGGGGGAUCGUCAGAGCCGCGACCGUGGGUUACAGCAUCCUCCAGGAGGGAGCGAGCGCCGUGGAUGCCGUGGAAGGAGCCGUGACCGUCCUGGAAGAUGAUCCCGAGUUCAACGCAGGUUGUGGAUCUGUCUUGAAUGUAAAUGGUGAGGUUGAAAUGGAUGCUAGUAUCAUGGAUGGAAAAGACCUGUCUGCAGGCGCAGUGUCUGCAGUCCGCUGUGUAGCAAAUCCCAUUAAACUUGCACGGCUUGUUAUGGAAAAGACACCUCAUUGCUUUCUGACUAACCAAGGUGCAGAAAAAUUUGCAGCAGCCAUGGGGAUUCCAGAGAUACCUGGAGAAAAGCUGGUGACAGAGAGAAACAAAAAACACCUGGAGAAGGAGAAACGUGAGAAAGGUGCUCAGAAAUCAGACUGUGAAAAGUAAGUCUUCUCUGCGGCCCACGUUUUUGGAAGUUAUUAAAGUGUGAAAGUUUGGCAAAUAUCUGAUUAUCUACAUUUCUUAAAUAAUUCAGAUCAAGUUGUGGAAAAAACGUUUUUUAGUUUCUUAAAUUUAACUUCGUUUAUUACUCCUCCGAAUAAUAACUCCCUUUAGGCUAAUAGAGUUCCCUCUCUGACAUGAUUUAAUAGAAGAAUGCUUUGUAUCACUUAUCUGUAUGCUUUUUGAUCAGUUGGUUAUCUUAAAUAGACAACACAGGUUC